CCGGCUCCCAGGGUUAGCGGCGGUAGUGACGCUGAGCUGCAGGCGCCGGCACAGGAAGCGGGGCGAGGCAGCAGGGUAGGACCUGUGUGACCAACCCAACUAGGACAGGCGGCCCGGGACCGGUGCGAGAUCCCCGGUUCCACGAUGGGCUGCACACUAAGUGCCGAGGAUAAGGCGGCUGCAGAGAGGAGUAAGAUGAUUGACCGCAACCUCAGAGACGACGGGGAGAAGGCGUCCAAGGAGGUGAAGCUGCUGCUGCUAGGUGCAGGAGAGUCUGGGAAAAGCACAAUUGUGAAGCAGAUGAAAAUUAUUCAUGAGGAUGGAUACUCGGAAGAGGAGUGCAAACAGUAUAAAGUGGUUGUCUACAGUAACACCAUUCAGUCCAUAAUUGCUAUAAUCCGAGCCAUGGGGAGGCUGAAGAUUGAUUUUGGAGAUGUGACCAGAGCUGAUGAUGCACGACAGCUCUUUGUGUUAGCCAGUACUGCAGAGGAAGGUAUUCUAUCUCCAGAGCUUGCAGGUGUCAUUAGGAGGCUGUGGAAAGAUGCUGGAGUACAGGCGUGUUUCAGUCGCUCCCGCGAAUACCAACUCAAUGACUCUGCCUCGUACUACCUAAAUGAUUUGGACAGGAUCUCACAGGCUAAUUACAUUCCUACACAGCAAGAUGUACUUCGGACUCGUGUCAAAACUACGGGUAUCGUGGAGACCCAUUUCACUUUUAAGGACCUUUACUUCAAAAUGUUCGAUGUGGGAGGACAGCGGUCGGAAAGAAAGAAGUGGAUUCACUGCUUUGAGGGUGUAACUGCUAUUAUUUUUUGUGUGGCACUCAGUGACUAUGAUUUACUGUUGGCUGAAGAUGAAGAAAUGAAUCGUAUGCAUGAGAGCAUGAAACUGUUUGACAGUAUUUGCAACAAUAAGUGGUUUAUUGAGACGUCCAUAAUCCUUUUCCUUAACAAGAAGGACCUAUUUGAGGAAAAGAUCAGCAGGAGCUCACUGACAAUCUGCUACCCAGAAUACACAGGUUCCAAUACUUAUGAGGAGGCUGCAGCUUAUAUCCAAUGUCAGUUUGAGGAUUUAAACCGAAGAAAAGACACAAAAGAGAUCUACACACAUUUCACAUGUGCAACAGACACAAAGAACGUGCAGUUUGUGUUUGAUGCAGUAACAGAUGUUAUCAUAAAGAGCAACCUUGUGGAGUGUGGCCUUUAUUAGCUUGGAGGUGCUGCAGUGGGACUAAUAGCUGACUGCGGGCCCCUGCUACCUGGAGGCAGGGACCUCGUUCUAUGCACAAGCCAUUCCUGUUCUCUACCUUCUCAUCUUGCAUAUGCAGCUGUUGGCCGAGACCUGUGAGCGGCCCUCCCUUUUUGUGAUGUUACCACUAUCUCAAUAUUUCAACUAUUCUAUCCAUUGGAACAACUGGACUGUUACUGAUCCGUUCUGUCCCUGCCAGGACUGUCUCUCCUUGUCUUCUGAUUAGCGAAUAUGAAGAAACAGCAGUGUUAUGGCACAACUUGUUUUUUUAUAGGUGUAUGUCAUUUGUUUUUAAUGUGUGCCACAGCCAUUUUGACCAUGUGACAUUUGCCAUUCCUAGUGCUGCAGAAAGCUGUUACUGUGAGAGAUGCAUCUUUGCCUUGAGAAGUUAUAUCUUCAUUGCAGAUAGAAGUCAAUAUGGCCUUUUCUUGGUCUCACCAUGAUUGGUUAAUCCUUCCCUUAUUGUGCCAUUGUAUUUUAUACUGAACCACUCCCAGCACUCGAAGUGUCUUUCACCUAGUGACUAGUUUCAGUGAUUCCUCUAUCAGACUUCACCAUAAUCCUUUAGUUAAACUACAACAUAAACCACUGUAUGCCUAGUCAAAAAUCCUACUUUUUACUUUCAACUAUUCUCUCCCUGGUCUGUGUCCUUGUCACUAUUUGGUGCCAAUUCUGCUGCUCCUGCUCCUCUCAUCCAUCUACCAUUCCAGUUGGGACCUGUGAUAUGUAAUCCCACCUCCUGCACUAGUAAUUGCCUUUCUACAUCUGCUGCCAAAUACUGGGGUCACAGGUUUCUUGUUUUUUUUUUAAAACUUUCUACUGCCUUUAACAUUUCUUUGUUAUAGACCAAACUGUGUCAGGUAUAUGCAAAGUUUGACACUUUUUUUUUUUUUUCUUUUCUUUUUUACUGCUGUUUCUAUUUUGCGUUACAUGCACACAAACUUUUCAUUUCUCUGCACUCCACAACAUUUUAUUUUAUUUGUAUACAGUAUUAAAAUGGUGAGACAUGCAUAUUGUAUUUGUUUUUAUUUAUAUCCACUCUCCUACAGUACUUUUGUACACUGAGGCACUACCAGUUCCUUGUGUUCUGUCUGCCUUUGUGCUAGGCAUCACUGUUACUUUUCUGCACAUACAGUAAUCCAAUUUCAGUUUAGGUUGUGUGUGCCCAUGAUGCACGGAGAGCAGGAAAAUGCCAUAGUGCCUAAUGUACUUCCCCACAGAGAUGCUGCUUGUGAUCCUAGCGCUUCAUUACAAGUUCUUCUUUUCAUCUUGCAGGAAGUAAUGAUAUGUACAGAAUAAAUGUAGCCAUUUUGUGGGAUUAUUGAAGGUAAUACUGUCUACUAACUGUUUUGUCCAAACACACGCUCAGCUACAAGUUGUUUAAUAUAUAAAUGCUUAUACAAAAUAUA